CAAAUGCAAUACACCAAUGAGAAUACAGGAAGGCUCAAUCUGGUUGAUCUUGUUGGUUAGUGUAAUAUAGGUUCCGCCUCUCUCGACUAUGGAAAACACAUACGGAAUUUGAGAAUGCUAAAUCAUGGCAACCUUGAUAGAGCGACUUGCUUUUCUUCAGAAAGUCCCAACCUUAAUGAAGGCUACGUCUGAUGACGAGACACCUUGUCCUGGCUAUCUUUUUGAAGAAAUCGGAAAAAUCUCCCAUGAGUCUGUUGGCUACUGCCAGUGUCUGUUGGAGUACCUGCUGGAGCGGCUCCAGGUCCAGUCUUGUCAGGUGAAAAUCAAGGUCCUGAAGAUCUUGCUGCACCUUUGCGGCCAUGGCCCCCCUCACCUACUGACCGAGCUGCGACGCAACGCCACCUUCAUCCAGGAGGUGAUUGCGUACAGUGGACCUCCUCAUCCCAUCCAUGGAAAUGCUCCCUAUCAGAAAGCUCGAGCUGCAGCUCAGGACCUGGCCAGUUUGCUGUUUACAGAUUCGGUGUCCCCAGAGUCCGCCGUGUCCCCCUGCAGAGUGGCCACUGCAAGCACAGGAAUGGGCUCCAAUUCAUCUCCGCGAUCUGGCAUGCAGGGCUUCGGCUACAGCCCUGGAAAGUCAUCUGGCGGCGGCACCUUUCUGGAUAAGAUCCAGAAGGCGGCUGAAGUGAUGGCCAGUGCCGUUCUGCCCCCCUCCGAGCAGCCAGGCAUCCGCCUGCAGGAGAACCACUACCGCGCGGUGGUGGCGCCCUCUGGUGUGGUGGAAGUGGCGGUGCCAGCGUGUGCCUACAGCAUGCCAGCUCACACCUACAGAGUGACACUCAGGUGUCCUGGUCAGGUUGGCGGAGGCUGGGAGGAGAAUGACAGCGGCCACAGCUCCUCCCACAACUCCUCCCAGGAGAACGCCGGUGCCAGCCGGACCUCGCUGGACGCCAGCAGCAAGUCAGGAGGCACCACCGACAGCCAAUCCGCUGCCAGCCGAGAGAGCGGCGACCUAUCAGAACGUGUGGAAGCGAUUCAGCUGGGCGACUGUGGCCAGGAGAUGGCGCUCAUCACCGGUCUGACCGAGGGCUCCAAAGUCUUCCUGUCCCGAGAGGAGAGCCAGCACUUCAUCAAAGAGUGUUCUACUCUGAACUGUGAGGUUGUGGUGGAGCUCCUCUCCAGAAGACUUAAGGAGUCGACACAGACUGUUCAAAUGAGGGCGAUGUGUGCAUUGGCAUGCCUCAUGUCAUCAGACCUGCUGUCAUUGGAGCAGAUCUACAGUGUCACCCACAAGCGCCUCGCCCAGCUCAGCCAAGGAACACCUGGGCCUGUCACCAACAAAGCCACCAAGCUCCUGAGGCAGUUUGAGGCUCUCUUGGCAGGUCAAAUACAACAUAACCUGCCGUCCUUGGCCACGGACAGCCCCAGCCUCACUGCCCAGUCACCGCUUCCCAGACCCUCCCUCACCGACGGUGUCCUACACCCCAGCCCCAUCACGGGGUCCCCUGCCACCUCCAAACCUCACCAGGAGCCAGAACCCCAACUGGAACCAGGACCGCACGAGGAACCAGAACCAGAACCACCAACUAGGCCUUCAAGGAGCCCCCUCAGUGAUCAGAACCGGAUAGCGGGCUUGGGAAGAGGGCCACUUGACCCGAUUGAGGGGCCCAAGGAAAGCCCUCCAGAGUCAGGGUAUGCGGAGCUCGAGUCCAGGCUGGAGGGGUCAGAGCCAGAGCCAGGCCCUGGUGGUGAGGAGAGGGAGGCGUGUGAGGUUUUGCCCCCCGUCUCCUCCUCACCUACUCUGGGUAGACUGUCGCUGUUUAGUGGCAUGGAGUUGGUAAACAGAGCAAGGCCUCCUCCACAGCUCCUGGAGACAGCUUCUGUUGGCAUGGAUCUGUCGGUUGCCACGACAACGGAGAACCCAUCUGUGGAGAUGGAGGAGGCAGAACCAGAACUUGAAUCAGAAUUUGUUCUGUCUCAGCAUUCCGAUUCAGACAGAGACACCAGUAUUGUCCAAGCUAGUGGUGACCUUAGACAGCAAGAUCGCCUACAAGAUCGGUCUGCUUUCUCCUUCCUUAACGUAUGAUCCUUACUUUGUCAACGCAUCACCCAUUUUACCACAGAGUGUGUAAAUAGUAUUGAAGUGAGAUUCAUAUUCUUUGGUACCUACAGCCAGCUUGGCCUCUAAGGAGGCAAAGCAGCAUAGAAGCGAACACUAAAGCAACUAACCCGAUUUUGCACUGAUUACACCUUUUUUAAACAAUGCUGCUAGUCAUUUCUUGGAACUUUGAUGCUUCAUUUUGAUAUUUCUGUUGUGUUUUUUUUUUCCAAAUAUUAUCUUUAUCAAAAAUGUUAUCAGGUGCAAUUUCAUUCAGGUUAGAGGUAUGUUGUUUGUCUUGCCCUUUAUUCUCAGGGUACCCAGAGAUUGAGUUUCCUGUCUCACAAAUCCUUUAACAACUGUUCACGGGUACAAUAUGAAGUUUUUUGUGCCGCCUCCAAAACACAAUGGUUUGAUAGUAAAAUUACAGAAGCAUAAUUAAAAGACAGUGUUCAAAUUGUUCUGUUUAAUCUGAAAGGUUCUCUGAAUCUGUAUUUUGAUUAUGGUUUCUGUCUUUUUUUAUUGCAUUUUUUUUAUAAUCAUAGCUAAAUUCAUAACUAAAAUAUUUAAAAGACUAACACAUCAGGUAUCAAGACAUUUGAACAUGCUCUGGAAAAAAUUAAGAGACCAUUGCACAUUUUUCUGAUGUCUUCCUCUCUCCUUCCUACAAAGAUAUGCCAAUAUGACAGGUCUAGAAACAAUUCUGUGACCAGCCUAAAAACUUCAUAUUGCAUCUUUAAACACUUGUGGCCACUGGAAGUCUUAAAGCCCGUUCGUUUCACGCAAGGCUACAAAGUGAAAUGUGAGUGAAGAGGAUUCGCCUCUGACAGAUGAGAAAAGUGUCUCGUGUCACUCUAAAUUACUGUAAGGCAUGGCUUUCAUCCUUUACCUCCCAUUCUCCUGCAGCUACCAAUGUUUGUUGAGCGGUUCCUGCAUGUCUUUAAAUGGUGUCCCCUCCACACAGACUGUUUAGUGCAAUAUCACAGAGUGCAUUGUUGUUUGAGUGUGGUUGGAGGGUUGGUGGUUGGUGCGCACGUGGUUCUCACAUACUUACUUUCAAGUCUUCCGUUAUCUGAAACCUACAGUAUGCAAAAUCUGCAACUCGCAGCUGGUUAUUUCCUUGUUCCAACGUACAGAUGAGGCCUGUGUUUUAAAGUGUGUGUGAUCUUCCUUGAUGCAUGGCAAAAGCCCAAACUGUAAGCACAUCAGCUUACCACCCAGAAAACACAUAUACCUUUAGGGAACAUUCCCUAAAGGUUCUCUGAAGGUACAAUAAUACCUUUAGGGAACCUUCCCUGAAAGUUCCCUAAAGGUUCUCUGAAGGUAAUAUGUUUAGGGAACCUUACCUGAAAGGUUCCCUAAAGGUAUUACCUUCAGAGAACCUUUAGGGGACGUUCCCUAAAGGUUGUGUUUGCUGGGCAGGCAAGAAGGUUGUAAUGAUGGAAUGGAUAGCCUCAAUAACGACGUCUCUUAAUGUAACUGAUUGCGACUGUUGUGUUUGUGUGUUUCUCUGAUGGUUCCCCUGUGUGUUUGAAGUGUUGUGAUAAAUUACAUAAUAUGUCCAUGAAACAGGUUGAGGCUUUAUCCACUUCAGCAAAAACAUGUCAUGCUUUCACAUGUCUGUAAACCAGAAAAACUUAACCUCACUGUGUCAUUAAACAAUCCAGAGAAGGUGGAAAGCUCUUUGUCAGUAACAUUACAUCUGUUGUAAACAA